AUGGCUGCCGGCCCGAGCCUUCAGACGGCGUUGCUGCGCGGGCAGAGGGUCUCCAUGCCGCGGCCUGUCGACGCCAGGCUGGGUCGCCCGCUCCUGGGCGCCCGCCCAUCGCGAUGCCUCUCUGUUUCGGUCGGUGCGAAGGGCGGGAAGGGCCGCAAGAAUAAGGACGACUCCGUUUACAGCGCGACGGUGCGGCUGCCGGAGACGGAGUUCAACAUGCGCGCCAACUCGCUCAAGCGCGAGCCCGAGAUCCAGAAGUUCUGGGAGGAGGCGCGCGUGUACGAAACGCUGGCGAGCUCCAACGCGGGCGACACCUUCACGCUCCACGACGGCCCGCCGUACGCGAACGGCGACCUCCACAUCGGCCACGCGCUGAACAAGAUCCUCAAGGACUUCGUGAACCGCUACCAGCUCCUGCGCGGCCGCAAGGCCAAGUUCGUGCCCGGAUGGGACACCCAUGGUCUUCCAAUCGAGCUCAAGGUGCUCCAGAGUCUCAAGAAGUCGGAGCGCGAGGCCCUGACGCCCGUCACGCUCCGCGAGAAGGCCCGCGAGUUCGCCCUCGCCACCGUCGAGUCCCAGAAGGAGCAGUUCCGCCGGUACGGCGUCUGGGCGGACUGGGACGCGCCCUACGUCACGCUCGACCCGGCCUACGAGGCCGCGCAGAUCGAGGUGUUCGGGAAGAUGGUCCUCAACGGGCACAUCUACCGCGGGUUCAAGCCCGUGCACUGGUCGCCGUCCUCGCGGACCGCGCUCGCGGAGGCGGAGCUGGAGUACCCCGAGGGGCACACGUCGCGGUCCAUCUACGUGGCACUGCCGCUGAGUGAGGUGCCCGAGGGUGCGCCCGAGGAGCUGGCGGCGUGCGUGGGCGACACGUCCAUCGCGGUGUGGACGACGACGCCGUGGACGAUCCCGGCGAACCUCGGCGUGGCGGUGAACGAGCGGAUCGAGUACGCGGUGUGUGCGGCGGAGGGCGAGGGCGCGGCGGGGUGGGCGCGGAAGCGCGUGAUCGUGGCGAAGGACCUGGUGGAGACCGCGGCGGAGAAGUUCGGCGUGGGUCUGACCGUGCAGCACGUGUUCACGGGCGCGCAGCUGGCGGGGUGCAAGUACAAGCACCCGCUGUACGAGCGCGAGAGCCCCGUGGUGGUGGGCGGGGAGUACAUCACGACGGACUCCGGCACGGGCCUCGUGCACACGGCGCCCGGGCACGGCCAGGAGGACUACAUGACGGGCCAGAAGCACAACCUGGGUUUGUUGUCGCCGGUGGACGACGCGGGGCGGUUCACGGAGGAGGCCGGCGAGGCGUUCAAGGGCCUGAGCGUGCAGGGGGAGGGCAACGCGGCGGUGAUCGAGGCGCUCCAGGGCGGCGGCGCGCUGCUGGUCGAGGAGGAGUAUGCGCACAAGUACCCCUACGACUGGCGCACGAAGAAGCCGACCAUCUUCCGCGCGACGGAGCAGUGGUUCGCGUCGGUGGAGGGCUUCCGGGAGGAGUGUUUGAAGGCGAUCGGGGAGGUCUCGUGGGUCCCCGCGGCCGGCGAGAAGCGCAUCUCGGCGAUGACCGAGGGGCGGUCGGACUGGUGCAUCUCGCGGCAGCGCAAGUGGGGCGUCCCGAUCCCCGUGUUCUACUACGAGGACUCCGGCGAGCCGCUGAUGACCGAGGAGACGAUCGCGCACGUCCGCGACGUGUUCGCCGAGCACGGGUCGGACGCGUGGUACAAGUUUGACACCGCGGACCUCCUCCCGGAGCCUCUCCGCGCCGAGGCGCCCAAGCUGAAGCGCGGCGAGGACACGAUGGACGUGUGGUUCGACUCCGGGUCGUCCUGGGCGGGCGUGGUGUCGCGCACCGAGGGCCUGCGCCUCCCCGCCGACCUGUACCUGGAGGGGUCGGACCAGCACCGCGGGUGGUUCCAGAGCUCGCUGCUGACCAGCGUGGCGGCGACGGGCGCGGCGCCGUACAAGCAGGUGCUCACGCACGGGUUCGUGCUCGACGAGAAGGGCAUGAAGAUGUCCAAGUCGGUUGGGAACGUGGUGGACCCGCGCACCGUGAUCGAGGGGGGGAAGAACCAGAAGGAGGAGCCCCCGUACGGCGCCGACGUGCUGCGGCUGUGGGUCGCGUCCGUGGACUACACGGGCGACGUCCUCGUCGGCCCGGGCAUCCUGAAGCAGGUGUCGGACGUGUACCGGAAGGUGCGCUUCACGCUGCGCUUCCUCCUGGGCAACCUAGCGGACUUCGACCCGCAGAACGACGCCGUGCCGCUCGCGGACCUGCCCUCCGUGGACCGGUACAUCCUGAGCCGCACGGCCGCGUUCUGCGACGAGGUCGAGGCGGCGUACGGCGCGUACAGCUUUGCGCGCGUGUACCAGGCGGUACAGCGGUUCUGCAUCACCGACCUGUCGUCGUUCUACCUGGACGUCGUCAAGGACCGCACCUACAUCCGCGCGCCGACCUCGACCGCGCGGCGCACCGCGCAGACCACCCUGAACAUCGUCCUGCGUGCGCUGAUGUCGGCGGUGGCGCCGCUGGUGCCCCACAUGGCCGAGGACGCCUGGCAGAACCUGCCCUACGCGCCCUCGGCGUCGUCCGUGUUCCAGGCCGGCUGGCUGAGCGUCCCGGACGACGCCCGCGGGCUCCUGUCGGAGGAGGACGCCGCGGCGUGGGCGGGGCUGCUCGAGGUGCGCGACGCCGUGAACAAGCUGCUGGAGACGGCCCGCGUGGACAAGUUCGUGGGGUCGUCGACGGACGCGGCGGUGUUCGUCCACGUGGCGGACGGCGCGGUCGCGGACUCGAUGGCGGCGCUGCUGUCGGAGAGCAACGAGGUGGACGAGCUGCGGUACUACCUGCUGGCGUCGCGCGCGACGCUCUGCGGCGAGGACGACGCGCGGGCGUGCCAGUACUGCGAGGAGGUGGACAUCGAGGGCGUCGGAAAGGUGGUCGUGGGCGUGGCGAAGGCCGAGGGGACGUCGUGCAACCGCUGCCGCACGUUCUCUCCGCUGGUCGGGGACAGCGCGAAGCACCCGCUGCUGUGCGAGCGGUGCCUGCCCGUCGUCGAGGAGCUCGGGUUCGAGGCCCCCGCGCCGGUCACCACGGCCGCGUCCACGUGA